GAACAGCUAGUUUAAUUAUAACAGUGUACUAAAACAGUAUGUAUGUAUUUUCAGUGAUAAAGGAGGAUUCCCACAACGGUCUGAUACCGGAGCACGCGCUGGUGUCGCUGAAGCCGAGGAAGCGGCGGCCGGGGCUCGUCUCUGAACGACCUAUUAGUCCUCGUACCGAGGAGGACAAGUUGGCGGGUCGUAUGGAGGUGAAGCGCUACAAGCAGACGAAGGAGAAGCUGCGCCGCCGCAAGGAGCGCCUGCUGCAGCGCGUGCGCAUGCUGGCAUCCGCAAGACCCAGGAAACACCACCUCAAGAUCACAGACAUAGAAGAUUUCGAAACAGACUCCGAAGGUGAUUCCGAUGAUGGUACCAACGAGAAGAGCAUCAAUUUGGUCUCCUCGCCAGCGGACGAGGUGGAAAACCAAGAGGAGGAGGAAGUAGAGGUGAAGGAGACGGUGGACUCCGAGGAGGUGGCUCGUAGGAUCAAGGAGCAGUUCCGCAGCAGCAUGGCACGGGUCAUGGUUCAGCAUCUCAACCCUUACCGGCACUCGGAUGCACCUGCGGGCAGGAUUACUUGCACUUCAGAUUUCAAACAUCUCGCUAGAAAGUUAACACACUUCGUGAUGCUAAAAGAAUUAAAGCACUGUCGGUCAGUAGAAGAGCUGGUAGUGACGGACUCGGUGCGUACGAAGGCGAAGACGUUUGUACGGAAGUACAUGGCCAAGUUCGGGCCGGUGUACCGCCGCCCGCCGGAGGAGGCCGACUAGCGAGAGCUUGCGCGUUAUUAUAACGCGAUUAAAACACAAUAUCAAAAACAAUAUCAAAUUAUAGUUGAUAAAUUAAUUAAGUGAUUCAUUGUGAAGUGAAUAAAGUGAAUUGUGAUUGUGACAAACAGAAGAUAUCGAAAUAAAGGUAUGUUCUAAUUAUUGACCAUUUAUAAGUGGACAUGCAAUAGUUAUUUGAUUUUCGCCAUUUUGGCGCUGACUACAGUAAAUGGCAGUGGAAAGAAUUUUAACUAAUAAUGGAGAUUGAUUAGUAACAAGGAUAUCUAGGUUGAAAGGUUGGUACUAUCAGAAAAUAUGUGGACUAGAAAAUAGUAUGAAAAAGUGGACUAGUAAGUUAAAGUUUAGUUUCAAUUAUACCCACCGGGUUAGGUAACUUACAGUCUAUAAAUCCAAAAUAAAAAAAUACUGUAAUUUCCAUACCACCUAUCCAUUUAGUAGACAUCAGUGGUCUCAAUCUUAUGUUUUUAAAUUGAAAUGAGUUAAUGAAGUUAGCUUGGUUAAUUACUUUUCUCUGAUUUUUCAUAUUAGUUUUAAAUUGUGACUCAAUGUAAAUUGUUCAUGUAUCACAAUUUAAUAUAAUACUGUAAAGCAAUAAACUGAAUUAUGGUACAUCUAGUAUGGUAGAUUGGCAAUUUUUUAAAACCUGUCAACCUGUCAACAAUUACGAGAUAUCUUAAAUAAGACCGACUAUUUGCAUUUUCACAUAAUUUUUUCUCAUUUUGAUGUGUCCCUUUCACAAUAAAAUGUUGAUAAUGUUAGAGAGAGACAAAUACACAGAAAUUUAAAUAUUUGUAUUUGAAGGACUGUUUCCAUCAUGAAAUAGAAAAGUCUAGGUCGGGAAAAAAGUAAAUGUGUUCAAAGUGUAUUUUACAUAUUAAAUUGUAAUAAAAUCAAUUUGAAGAUAAACAUUGAUAUAUGAGGAGUUUAAAAACAAAUAUAGUUCAAUUAAUUUUUUUUAAAAUUAUCAUCUCCCUUCUUAUCCUAUUGCGAUAGUAACGCAACAGGUUUUUGUCCUCCACAUAACUCUAUCAUCUCAGUCAUCACUCCCUUCUUGAUCAUGUCACCUU